UCAAGCCCCCUUCUUCGUCUAUCCAAAGACUUCCCCUUUCUUUCUCUUUUCUUUCAAACCUACUUGCAGCUUAAUUCAUAUACUGCAACUUACUGGAAGAAGAUUUAUGAAGGAAGGUGGUAGAAAACAUGGUGCAAUGUCGCCGUGUGCGGCGUGCAAGCUUCUCCGGAGGCGAUGUGCUCAGGAUUGCCUCUUUGCUCCUUACUUUCCUGCGGAUGAACCUCAAAAGUUUGCAAGUGUUCACAAGGUUUUUGGUGCUAGCAAUGUCAAUAAAAUGUUACAGGAACUACCAGAGGAACAGAGGAGUGAUGCAGUGAGUUCAAUGGUGUACGAAGCAAAUGCGAGGAUGAGGGACCCAGUGUAUGGAUGUGUGGGGGCGAUAUCGUCUCUUCAGCAACAGGUUGAUGUGCUUCAGACCCAACUGGCUCUUGCUCAGGCCGAGCUUGUUCACAUCAGAAAUAAUCAUCAACCUUCUUCAUCUUCAAACCAGCCCCAAUCCUCCUCUCUUGAUCACGCCAAGUCUUCUCUUUUUGCACUCGACAAUGUCACCGAGUCCUUGUGGUCCUGCUAACAAGCCAGCUAGGCUUUUUAGAUCUCGUCUAGCCACUGUGUUUCACCAUUCAUUCUCUUUAUCUCUCUCAUCAUGCUGUGGCCAGAUUGAGAGGAUAUAUUCGGCUGACGGAUUUGAGGUCUAUACCGCCCCUGUCUGCUAUCCCCUCUAAUGCCUAAAAUCUUAACCCUUCAUUCCAGUCAAUGGUUAGCGAAAUUUUAUCUAAUUCCCACAAAUGAAGGGCUGAGAUUUUGAGUAUUAGAAGGAGCAGCAGACACUCUAAAUCCUCAGCUAACUAGCUAGCUUAAGCAUUGAUAAGGAGAAUUAGGUAUAUAUGGGGUGCUUUGUUUCAUUAUCAUUGUAAUUAUUAGGGGUUUGCUUUGUUGUCUCCCCUGUAGUUUUUACCACACCUUCUGCUUUACUUUGUAUAUUUAAUUUGUAUCUCUCACUUUUUUCUUUGACUCGAUCUACUGCAAAGGAUAUAUUUUUCUCCUUGCUAAA